AUGCCUCCGAAGAAAGAUUCUAGCAAAGGCAAGUCCAAAGGCAAGAAUGAAAGUGACACGAAUGGCAGUGGCAGUAAGCUAAAAGCCGCCCAAUCUAUCAAUGCCAGGCAUAUUCUGUGUGAGAAGCAUUCCAAGAAAGAAGAGGCUCUCGCCAAACUACGAGAUGGUGUCAAGUUCGAUGAAGAAAACUACGAAGUUGCACGCGAGUUCAGCGAAGACAAAGCCAGGCAAGGAGGUGCUUUAGGCUGGAAGACACGAGGGAGCCUCCAUGGGGAAUUUGAAAAGGUUGCAUAUGAGCUGCAACCGAGCACCACCAACAGUCCUCAAUGGGCCGAGGUAAAAACUAGCCAUGGAUACCAGUGA